AUGUCGAAUUCUGGGUCAGAAUCCGAGUUGUCCGACGAAGAACAAGGAGCUCAAACGUUUUCUAUCCAGCCGUAUCAGUUUGAACCGCGGGUAAACACGGAUGAGAGGGAUAUCAACGCUGAAAGUCUUUCUGGUGACGAGUCCAUGGAAGGCAGCGAAGAAUUGAAUCCAAGACUGGAAAAUUCCGACUGGUAUGUGCUGUGCUGUUUGCUUCAUUGUAAUUCUUUUACCGAUGUGCGAAAUAAACUGUUGUUUGGCCCAGAUGUCGUGUUCGUAAUUGUUUCUUUCUUGUUUUGUUUCGUUUUGAGAGUCUUGAGUACGUAAACAUUUCAUUGUCGAGCGGCCGACAAAUUGUUUAGUGUUCCUCGUUUUCAAUAUGUCUUGCGAAUUAGGUGCUGUGAACGUGAAAGCUGUUAAAAACCUAGCAUAAAUUCCCUCCUCCCCCCGCAGCUGGACUUUUCAAGUAGAAGGGAAGGAUUUUGAAGAAUUUCUUGGUGCUUCGCUUUCUUUUAUAUAAGCUAACACUAGCACAGGUGCAAACAAAAAGAAUUGUAUUUUUGUAAAUGUUGAUCUUCACUACACAUAGGUUCUUUAAGUCAACAGGCGGCCGUUGGUCCCGCCUAACCUAUUUCAGGAGAGAAUUUUAUUUACAUGUUUAACUAUCUAAAUUUGCCAGUGUCCUCACUUUCUUUACUAGCUUGUAUAAACAGUUUUCUUCAACUCAAACAAAAUUAAUCUGCUUCAACAUAUUUUAUCUACAUAUCACAAAAAAAGUUAGUAACAUCUAAAUCUUACGAAACCUUACAUUGUUGUCUUAAAUCAGCUCUCAAUUGCUGGUGUUUAUCCAGCUUCUUAACCUGUAGCUCAUGUUAAAUGUAGAACAAUUCAGUUUUUGUUUCCCAUCUAUGAUUUAGGUGCUCAUGUGAUAAUUGCCAGAUUAUGGGGAGAGCGGAGGCAUGCAUAUGCUGCCAAGAAAUAGAGCAGGUUAAAAAUAAGCUUUAG